AUGAAUCUUUCAUCUCCGUCAAGCAUCUACGCGGUCAUCUUUUACAGUCUUCAGUUCAUCUUUGGUAUUCCAGGCAAUGUGCUUAUCAUCGUGGUGUACAUGAAGAAGAAACGGAAGAUCAGUACGGACAUACUGAUCAUCGCCCAGGGCAUCAUCGACCUCGUUGCAUCCCUGCUCGCACCAAUCAACAUCAUUAAGUCCAUCUCCGACCGUUUCACCAUCACGGUCAUCUGCCGCAUCGCCCUCUUCGGCAACAACUCGCUCGCGUUCGCGUCCUUGUUUCUAACCGCCGCGAUCGCGCUUGACCGCUUCUUUUUCGUAUGCCGUCCCUAUGGUAAGAGAACGUCCAACAACCGUGCGCUAUGUCUGGCGGUUGCGUGCUGGGUUUUGGGAAGUUCCCUCACUUGUACAAAGCUCAUCUUUGUUGAAGCGUUUCCAUCAAACAAUGGCCAAAAGACGUGCCAUUUUAGGGAUACACUUCAUAUUUUUGACAAACUUGAAGCGUGGCUGAAGACAUCCGGCUUUGUACUCGCGUUGGUGGUGAGCAGCGUUAUGUAUAGAAAAAUAUACCAGACCAUCAGACACCAGGCAAAGAUCCAUGCACAGUUGGUAGGAGGGGCAUCGAAGAGGGCUGUUUCACCAAGAACAGCUUUCCAACUGGGGGAAGGACUGAAGCAACCGGAGAUAGAUGUGAGUCACGCAUAUGACAGUGGUCUCGCGCAGUCAUUGAAUGCAACAGGCGAACCGUCAGAUAGGCAAGAAGCAACGGCAAUUGAAAGAUGUCCGCACGGUCCAAGAACAUCAUAUUUACAGGUGCACAGAAGUGCCAUCGAGCGGGAUCCGAUGACGAAUAACUCGGUUUCAAGUGCAUUCGACAAUUACCGUUCUGCGUCGCAGCUUACUCUCACGCGUUCACAAGCCAACACGGUUCCCGUCAAGUCCCGGCAGAAUUCGCGUCCAAAAGUAUCUGACCGCGGCGAGAACAGGACGACGAAAAUGCUAAUGGCGAAUUACUUUUAA